AUGUGCAAGGUCGGGUCACUCUACGCCUCGGCAGCUACUCUUCCCACCGCCAGCCUGGGUGUGGUCGGAAGUCCUCUGCAGGUACAUGUUGCAAUGCCUAUGCCCAUGCCAGCGACGGGCAUGGCGCCGUGCAUGGCGACGGGCAUGGCGACGGGCAUGGCGCCGGGCAUGGCACCGGGCAUGGCGCCGGGCAUGGCGCCGGGCAUGGCGCCGGGCGCAUCUGCAUCGCCGCAGAUGGCUCGCACGGUGCAAGUUGGUGCUCAGCAAGCUCAGCCGGCGCGGCUCUCCUACACAGGGCAACGCGUCAACGUCACACGGGUGCAAGCGCUGGGUCGAGCCAUGAGCACCAGCGCGCUGCACGCUCAGGUCAUGGCUCGAAACCAUUUCCCUGGCGCAGCUGGGGCUCCAAUGCCCGUGCCCGCGUGCGCAUGGAAGUGA